AAAAUGACAAUAUAACAAGGCCCUUUGUCUUUACUGAGCAAAUCUAAGCUCUAGAAGAUGAAGACUGUGGCUUUCUUCAUUUGCCUUGUGGGAUCAUCUUUUGCUAUCCCGACCUAUCCCUUAAUGUACAAACUUGGAAUCCGUGGACAGAAAAAUACAGAAAAGACAGAUUUCAGAAUGAUUCUAGAUAAUUCGCACCCGACAGCCAUCUCCCAGAAACAACACAUGGAGAAGACAUCUGCAGUAAGACAAAAUGAUGCAGUAUUGAUGAUGGAUGAUCCACCAGUUGCAAAUAAACAUGAAACAUUUAUAGAAAGCCACUUAUCUAAUAGUAGCCCAUUACAGGUUCAAGAUUCUUCUUCUGAAACUUCAGAGAGGGAACACUCAGAGCCUGAGCUGUAUUUGAACAAGGACAGUCUGCUCCCACUUCAAGGUAGUCAUGAGAAGGAGGAGCAGGUAUUGAUGGUGUCUGGUGAACCGAAGAUGGAGCACAGGACUGUUAAAAGACAGGAAAGAAGCAGUAACAAACAUCACAGGAAAAGUGGUCUAGAGAGUAUUAGUUUACAGCAUAUUGGUCCAACCUUGGCUUCUGACAUUCAGUGGAGUGAUUUUGUGCAUACCAUGAGCAGCAAACAAUCCAGCAGUGAAAAUUUUCAAUUUGGGAAGGAGAAGAAGUAUAGCAACAUAGCUAGUCACCAAGAUCAGGAUGGUGAGGAAAAUCCAGAGGAGGAUUUCACUCUUGUUCAAGAGCAAGAUGCAUGGAAAUACAAUAAAAAGAGAGUUGCUGUAUCAGAAAACAACAGUGAAAGUGAUGAAGACAUGGAGCAGGAGGCAACAGCAGAAGAGUGGGGUGAAAUUGGCUAUAUAGACAGGGGCCAGAAAACUCAUCUGAUAAUUCAAGAAGACCACUAUAAGAACAAGCAAAACAAUGAUAACAGGCAAUCUGAUGAAACUCUCAGAGAUUCCAGCCAGCCCUUCCAAAUCACCAAGAGGCAGGAUGAUGGUCAAGAAGAGGAGGAGGAGAAUAUGCAAGCAAGAGAGGAGGCAACUGUCUCAUCAAGAAGUACUAAACAAGAUCAGAACAUUGAAUGGCAAGGCCAGAAGGCUGAAGAAAGGCUCCAAGAUGGUAACCAGAAUACUACUAAGCCUGAGGAAGUGGUAAGGAGAAAGUAUAUGGAGGACCAAAGUAUUGGUAACAGCAACAAUAAUGAUAAUGCUGAUAACAAUUCUGAUGCUGGUGGCAACACUGAUGAUUUUAACCAAAGCCAGAAAGGACCAGCCUAUCAGGAGAGUGAAAGAAUUCAAAGUAAUGAUCAUGGAAGUAUCAGUGCUGAGCAGCAGAGGGGGAGAGAGGAAGAAGACGACAGUGUAGUUAUUAAUGAAACUGACAAUAACCAACAUAUUGACAUUAAACACUUAAUUAAUGUUGAGCAAGAUUAUUAUAGCCAUGAGCCAGCCAAUUCUGACAGUGAGGAGCAUGCAAAAAUAGCCAGCCUUCUGCAGAAUGCAAACACAAUGGAAUCUGAAGACAAUGUUAAGACUACAGACAGUUCACAUAGUAAGAGAGAAAGUACAAGUGAUAGCAGUAUAAAGGUGUUCCUUUUUGACCUUUGUAGGAAUUUCCAUUGUAAAAGAGGAAAGGUCUGUCAUGCAGAUGAACAAGGAAAACUCAGCUGUGUUUGCCAAGAUCCUGCUGCUUGCCCUCCAACUAAAGAUUAUGAGCAUAUUUGUGGCACUGAUAAUAAGACCUACGAGGGUACAUGCCAGCUCUUUGGCAUGAAAUGCCAACUUGAAGGGACAAAAAUGGGACAUCAGCUGCACCUAGACUAUAUUGGAUCCUGCAAAUACAUUCCUCCUUGUACUGACUAUGAAGCAGAUCAGUUCCCUCUCUGGAUGAGAGACUGGCUCAAGAACAUCCUCAUUCAGUAUUACGAACAUGAACUGGACAGAUCUGGAUUUCUAUCUGACAAGCAGCAGAGUAAAGUGCAGAAAAUCUACCAAAAUGAAAAACGCCUCAUGGCUGGUGACCAUCCCAUUGAACUUCUGUUACAUGACUUUGAGAAAAAUUACCACAUGUACGUGUAUCCAGUGCACUGGCAGUUUCACCAGCUUGAUCAGCCUCCUGUGGACAGGUUACUGACGCACUCAGAGCUUGCCCCUUUGCGAGCUUCUCUAGUGCCCAUGGAAUACUGUGUAACUCGUUUCUUCCAGGAGUGUGAUGCUGACAAGGAUAAACAUGUCUCUUUGAAAGAAUGGUGCCACUGCUUUGGAAUUGAAGAAGAAGACAUUGAUGAAAACCUGCUAUUCUGAGUUUGGUGGAAAAGAGUUCAAGCACCCUGUACAUAUUACCAAUCAUAUCUAUGAAGCCAUUCUAUUUCUGUGAACCCAAUAGCUUAACAGUUUUGAGGAGAAAACUUACAUAAUGUUUUGGUUUUUGUUUUUUGGGCUUCUUUGUAGAUUGACAGCAUUACUCCCCAAUAGGGCAAACAAAUGAACAGUCCUAAAUCAAUUAACAAUAGC